UGGCCAAUGAGCGUCAUCGCCACUCCUGUCCUUUGUUAGCUGUGACAUAAGUAGUGUGAGCCGUGAUGCACCCUCCUCCGGCAGCCAUGGCGGGAGAGUGAGGGCGAGCAGAGCGUCAUGAGCGAGGCAGCGCUAGAUAGGAGUCACCGAGCUAGGAAGACGCCUAGACCUCCACCAGGAGAUACUGAGCACCUCCUAGGGACGGCACCGACAGCAGCAGCAGCCAGCCAUGAGUGAGGGCGGCCCGAUGCAGCAGCACUUUCCGUCGAGGCCCUCACUCCUGCAGCGGGCGUGGCGGGCACUCUGGAGACUCGUGGAGCGCCUCAGCCGGUGCUUAGCCUCGCAAACCCUGGAGGGUUCACCAAACGACGCCUUCGAAAGACCGUCCUUGGUGGAGGCGCGGCUGCUGGUGCUUGGCGCGUCGGACACCGGCAAGUCGACGUUCAUGAAGCAGAUGAGAUACGUCUUCGGCGACGCCUUCCCGGCACACGAGAGGCGGAGGCACCUUCCACACGUCCGCCGGAACUUGUUGGAGAGCCUGCACAAGAUGGUGCUGGCCAUGGACGUCCUCGCCGUGGCCUAUGCCACCCCGGAGGCGCGGGUCGCCGCUGGCAGGUUCGCGGACAUGGUGCCUCUAGAGGCGUUCCUGCAUGAAGACUCUCCCAUGGACCCGUCGCUGGUGGAGGAGACGAGGGCGAUGUGGGCCGACCAAGGGGUGCAGGAAGUGUUUCGCCGAGGCAACGAAUAUCACCUCAUGACCAACGCCGAUCACUUCAUCGCCAGCGCUCCCAGAAUCCUCCGCGAUGACUACCUGCCCUCCGUGGACGACAUCUUGCGUAUGAGAUACCCCACUCACUGCUCCGUCACCUCUACUUACGACGUGGGUGAGAUGAGAAUGACGAUGCAUGACAUGGGCGGCCAGCGCGGAGCGAGGGGAGAGUGGGUGACGCACUUCGCCAGGCCCACGGCCAUCCUCUUCCUCGCCUCCCUCGCCGAGUUCGACCAGAAUGUUGAGGAGGCAGAUCGGGAGGAAAAGGAGAGGAAGAACAGGGUGCACGAGAGUCUGGAGAUCUUCGAGACGCUGCUCGGCUACCCGCCCUUCCACAACACGCCCGUCAUCCUUCUGCUUAACAAGGCGGACGUCUUCAGGAAAAAGAUUACCUACCACUCCCUCGCCGAUUACUUCCCGCAGUAUGAGGGCCCUGCAGGAGACGAGGCCAUGGGGAGAGAGUAUUUAUCCGGCCUCUACGAGGGCCUGGCAGUCAAGCAUGGUCGUCACUACGUCUCCCGCUUCACCGAGGCGACCAACACCGAAGAUUUCAAAGCCAUUUUCUCUUUCGUCAAAACCCACGUCAGUAGGAACAUGAUUAGCAGAGGCGGCUUGCUCUGACGGUGGGGG